CGGAGGACGACCACUUCCGCUCAGCCACAGCCACCCGCCGAACGUCGGUGGCGGCACUUGUACUCCUUUCAGCCCACGACGCGAUGUACUCUUCAUGACCAGCCAUACCCACCGAUAUCACACGCUCUCUGCAGUAUGGCGACCUACAACGCGACGCGCUUCUUCGAGGGGCUGUUGGAGGCGCACGAGUCGUCUCCGCCCUCGUUCACCGUGAGGUUAUACCCGGACUUCUGGCAGUUGAAUAAUGGAUCCAAGUGUUUGUACAAUCACCAGAUGGCGUCACUCUUGGAUGAUAUCCGCGCGCAGCGGAUACCAGUGGACUUCCUAGAGUUGUUCGAUGCUGCCAAGCUUCCGUUCUACGAUGGAUGCAUGAUUGUGGAGACCCUCGAGGAGCCUCAGAAGACCCGGGUCGUGCUGAGCCCAAAUCCGGAGACUCUGUGGACGGACAUAUGUCUAAUGAAUAAGCAAGCGGGCAAUGCAUGGUCGGACCUGGAUGCCUUGGAGGUGGAGGCGCGGAUCCUAAUUGCCACUGCCCCCCCGCUGUGCCUUGAUUCCGAUCCCCACCUUACUCGCAUGGCCAAUAACACACUCCGGGCUUCUGUACCCACAGCACCACUGUCUUUGAAGCGCAAGGCCGCCACAGAGAAGAACCGCAGGGCAAAGCUAGCGCAUUUUAUGAACCCAAAGUAUACGCGUCCAGCUGUGUCUGCGCCAAGUUUCCGCAUCUUGGAGGCCCUGCAAAGGGUGAGAAUGGCGGAGGCUGCUGCAGCUCAGGCCGGCAACAAGGCGAACCAGGCGCCGACAGCCUCCUCAGCGCCUGGGUAUGGAGCGCCUGGGAUUCCUGCUGCUCCUGCUCCAGCUGUCUCCUCAUAUAAUCAGCCAUCUGUGCCAAUGCCUCCGGCGGUGCCCGCUGCCAUUGCUGUCCCUCCACCCCCUGUCGCUGCUCCCGCGCAGCCUGUAGCUACUCAAGCCACCGCAGAGGCUGUCAAAAGGCCGAGACUCGGCGAGGCCACACAACAGCCGCCACAAGUGCCGCGGACAUCAGCUACACCAGUACAGCAAGUUGGCCACGGGCCAUCGGCUAUACCGGCGCAUCUACAGGCACAUGCGGUCCAAAUGGCACACCGCACGCCCCCACGCGCGUCCCAGUCACCCCAUCCCCCGUUGAAUGGCGCUUCCUCUUCCCAGACACCCCCAAACACGGAUGCACGUCCACCAUCUGCCAUGCAGCGGCCACCUUCCCAGCCUACCCAUGUCACUGCGACGCCGCGGCCACAGAGCACGCAUCCUGUUACUGCGCAACCAAUCCAUGCGCCGUAUCAGAUGCCCCCACAGCAAGCCGCCGUACAGAACCUCUUGCUCAAGAAGAAGAAUCAGCAGGCUGUUGCUGCCGCAGUAGCAGCGGCGAACGGCACGGCGGCUGGCGCCUUUCCACAACCCGUUCAACCCGGCGCGCACCCUCAAGGCCAGGCGGCUUCGCACUAUAUUCAAUACUAUCCGCCGUACCAGAAUGCUACUCAGCAACGGCUCAGCCAGCCUGGCCGCAGUGCGACGCCGGUCAACCGUAGUCCUAUGAACUCGAGCCAGGGUUCAACACCACAGCGUAGCAGCCCAUUGGCAGGGUCACAGCGACUAACAACCCAGUCGCCAAUGCCAACGAAUACACAGCAAGCGCAAGCGCAGGCGCAGGCGCAUGCUCAAGCGCAGGUGCAAGCGCAAGCACAAUCCCAGGCUCAGGCGCAACCCGGUCAGCCAGCUACUCAGGGUAACUACAACUACGCCGCGCUCCAAAGAGCACCGGCGAACCCGCAGGCCGCUCAACAGACGGCUCAGCAGCUGCAGGCCGCUAACUACAUGGCUCGAUAUUACUACCCAGUGCAGCCCGGGCAGAUUCCCGCUGGCUACUGGCAGAUGGGUCGGGGCGGGCCCGUUGCGAACGGCCAGGUGCAGAUGCCGAACAUCUCGACGCACACCCAGCAGAUGCAGAUGAACGCGAACAAAGCUGUCCAGGGAGGCGUCCAGGGCUCAUGACGAACAGUUUGGCAGUGUAUCUUUAUGUAUUUUUAGGUAGCGUAGAUGUAUCCCUCGACCAUUGGCAUAAUGCUAUUUUACCCGUUGUUAUUCUCGUU